UUAUGUAUGUAUCUCUAAGCAUCCUUGGCUUUUCAUCUCAUUGAAGCUGCUGAUUGUAACUAACCAAAUGGCUCAUGAUCAGCAGCAAAGUAAAUGGAAAGGCAAGGCUAGCGCAGAGCUAGCAGGCCCCAAAGCAGAACAAGUGUGGCCUCUCUUGGAAGACUUCUUUGGCCUUAACAAGUGGUUCCCAACUCUCACCACUUGCCUUGGUGUUGAAGGCAUCAAUGGUCAACCUGGGUGCGUCCGCUACUGCGCUGGCUUCAAAACGCCGGUCAAUGGCGGCGACAAAAUUGUGAACUGGACGAAGCAGAAGCUGCUGUCCAUUGACCCAACAGAACUCAGUUUUAGCUACUCCAUUAUUGAUGGAAAUGUUGGGUUCAACUCCUACAUAUCGACCGUGAAAGUGGUUCCCGGUGAAGAUGGGUGUAACAUUCACUGGUGGUAUGAAGUUGAAGCAGUGGAAGGCUGGAAACUGGAGGAUUUGGACGCUUUUAUCGGCUCGGGCUUGCAGGUCAUGGUCAUGGCAAAGAGAAUGGAAGAAGCUCUCCAUGCAAGCUCGAACCAGAAGCCAUCAUUAGUAUACCCGUCAUGAAAGUAAAAUUCUACAACACUAGAAGACGUUGGUAUAACUUGCAUAAUUAGUUUAUCUUUGAGUAAUCGUAGUUUAAUUGAAUAAGGAUAAUUGUAGUUAUCUAUCUAAGUCAGAUCCUUUUAAUUAUUUGUAUCAUUAUGGUGCAAAAGUUAUUUACUAGUAGAUUUCUCCAAAUUAGAAUUGGAGUUAUCUUCAAGUAGUUUAUUUCUAUUAAUUAGAAGUUCAUCUUAAGGUAAAAGUAGGAGUUCAUCUCAUAUUCUAUGUCUUUAUAAUUCUCUUAUUUAUAUGCAUGAGUGGUUAAUAAAAAUAAAGC